UCCUUCCCCAACACCACACUUUUUCUUUCUCAUAACCACAUAAUAUUUCACAAUGGGUUUCACCGACUUUGUUUCUGAGGCUGGCCUUAGCAUUGCCAACACCUUCUUCCAGUCCCGGAGUUACGUUGUUGGCACAUCCCCUUCUCAGGCCGAUGUCGUGACCUUCAAGGCCUUCUCCAGCGCCCCUGACGCUGAGAAGUACCCCAACGUUGCCCGUUGGUACAAGCACAUCGCCUCCUACGAGUCCGAGUUUGGUAGCCUCCCCGGUGAUGCCUCCAAGGAGUUCACUGCCUACGGUCCCGAGGGUGCUGAGCUCCCCACCAACCCCAAGGACAAGCCUGCUGCCGAUGAUGAUGACGACAUGGACCUCUUCGGCAGUGAUGAGGAGGAAGACCCCGAGGUUGCUAAGAAGCACGCCGAGCGUCUUGCUGAAUACAAGAAGAAGAAGGAGUCUAAGGGCCCCAAGCCCGCUGCUAAGUCCAUUGUCACCAUGGAAGUCAAGCCUUGGGAUGAUGAGACCAACCUUGAGGAGUUGGAGGCCAACGUUCGCGGUAUCGAGAAGGACGGCCUCGUCUGGGGUGCCUCCAAGUUCGUCGCCGUUGGAUUCGGUAUCAAGAAGCUUCAGAUCAACCUGGUCGUUGAGGACGAGAAGAUCUCCAUCGAUGAACUUCAGGCCGAGAUCGAGGAAGACGAGGACCACGUCCAGUCCACCGAUGUCGUAAGUUUAAAUCUGUUCCCGCUAGAUGCCUAUCGGUACUGACUUAUCCCCCCAGGCUGCUAUGCAGAAGCUGUAAUCGGAACGACCAUUUUUAAUGAAGAUCAAUUGAGUGAUGAUGACUUUCAUGGUUUCAAGGAAAAUAUAGUG